AAGAAACAGAAGUGGGAAGCCUUGCUUACCACAGUUUAUUAUACGUUUCGUGCCCAUGUUAAUUGCUUUUAUAGUGCCAUUUGUAAAUAAAUUGAUCAGAUUAGGAUGAAUCACCUGGCUGGCCAAUAGCUAUUGGAAUGAUUCUCCACGUGUGACUUUGUUGCAUUAUUACAAAACGUGGCAGGAUAGACCUGCCCAGCCGUCGCGGCAGAUGUUCAUUUGUAAUGCUGCCUUAAGGAGCUGAGGAGAUGAGAGCAAACUGUUCCAGCAGCUCAGCCUGCCCUGCCAACAGCUCGGAGGAGGAGCUGCUGGUGGGGCUGCAGGUACCUGGGAACUUGGAACUUGUUUUCAUUGUGAUGUCAGCCGUGAUGAUGGGCCUGCUCAUGUUCUCGUUGGGGUGCUCUGUGGAGCUCCAGAAGCUGUGGUCGCACAUCAGGAGACCCUGGGGCAUUGCUGUGGGACUGCUCUGCCAGUUUGGGCUCAUGCCUCUUAUAGCCUAUUUCCUGGCCACCAGCUUCUCUCUGAAGCCUGUGCAAGCUAUUGCCGUGCUCAUCAUGGGGUGCUGUCCCGGGGGAACCAUCUCUAACAUCUUCACCUUCUGGGUGGAUGGAGAUAUGGAUCUCAGCAUCAGUAUGACAACUUGUUCCACAGUGGCUGCCCUGGGAAUGAUGCCACUAUGUCUUUAUCUCUACACCUUGUCCUGGAAUCUUGAGGAGACUCUCACCCUUCCCUAUCAGAACAUAGGAAUUUCCCUCGUGUGCCUGACCAUUCCUGUGGCCUUCGGAGUCUAUGUGAAUCAUAGAUUCCCAAAACAAUCCAAAAUAAUUCUCAAGAUUGGGGCCACUGUUGGUGGAGUCCUCCUUUUGGUGAUCGCAGUUGCUGUUGUGAUACUGGCGAAAGAGGCUUGGAAUCCAGACAUCACCCUACUGACCAUCAGUUUCAUCUUUCCUUUGAUUGGCCAUGUCAUGGGCUUUCUGCUGGCAUUUCUUACCCACCAAUCUUGGCCGAGGUGCAGGACGAUUUCCUUAGAGACUGGAGCUCAGAACAUUCAGAUGUGCUUCACUAUGCUCCAGUUAUCUUUCAGUGCCAAGCAGUUGGUCCAGAUGCUUAGCUUCCCAUUGUCCUAUGGACUCUUUCAGAUGGUGAAUGGAAUUCUCAUUAUUGCAGCAUAUAAAAUGUACAAGAGGAUACUGAAGAAUAAACACAGAAAAAGGAACCCAGGUUGUGCAGAAGGCUGCCAUGACAAGAAAUCUACUUCUCCCAAAGAGACCAGUGCUUUCUUAGAGAUGAAUGAAGAAGUUGCUGUACCUCGUGGGCCAUCAGAGCCAAUGGUUGGUCACUCGGCUCUCGAGCCCACCAGCCACAUCUCUUCAUGUGCCUAGGAGGGACUUGUUCGCCUGACUGGUUGCCGGCUUCUCGGCAGCCAGAAAAGACAGUGCAGAGCUGACAUGUGGAUCUCAUUGGCAGGGCCAUUGGGAAUAUUGGCAUAUUUAUAUUUUUGUGUGGAUAAUGAAUUGUCAUAGGAUCCCUUUCUGAGAAUGUAUUCUGCCUAUUUCAGGGAAUCCUUUUGCGCUUUCCUCAACAUAUUUACUAGCUGCUGUGUUUUUGUCUUCCCAUGCAGUGAAGAGUAACAUUCAUUGUUAUGUGAAGUCAUUCUCAUGUUGUGGAUUUUACUCUCAUAAGUGUUGGGACUCUGUGUAGAGAUGCCAUCUUAUACUGCAGAGCAAGGACAGAGUCUAGACCCACUUGACUUUGGCCAAAUCCUUUGAGCACUGGGGAGGAAGCAUGCAGUUCUUAUUAAAAAAUAGGGCCUUUUUUCAAAUCACUUUUUUAAGGGCUUAAAAAUCUCUCUGGAUUACAGGUAUAAUACAAAUUUAGAGGGAACUUAAUGAACACUUGAGGUUCAAAGGUCAAUGUCCUGUAUUUUCGCUCCCCAGUGAUAGGCACAUGUAUAUCCUUCUAGUUUUUGUUUACACAUUAUAGCAUUUAAAAAACAUUGAGAUCAUUGCAUAGGUACAGUUUCGUAAGUCACUUAAUGACACAUUAUGGAGCAAGCAUCUUUACAUGUUCGUCUCUGCUGAGCUACCUCAUUCUUUAGAACAGUGGCUUCAUAGAAGUAUCCCAUUGCACGGAAGGACUGUAAUUUAGCUAACCAUUCCUUAUUAAUGGACAUUUAGAUAGCUCUCCACUUAUUGAUACUACAAUUGUUCCGAAAAACCACUUGUGCCGUUCUGCAAGUAUUUCUAUAGGAUCACUUCCUACGACUUGAAUUGCUAGGCCAACUGCACAUUAAAAUGCUGGACAGAUUGUUCUCCGGCAAUGUGGUAUGGACAGCAGUGCCUGAAGGGGCCUGGUUUCCCCCAGUCACAACAUCUGAAGAGUGGUCGAUUCUGAUUUGUGAAAAUAUCUCAUUUAAAACUGCAUUCUAAAAUUAUGGGUGAAGUAUUUUUCAUCAUCACCUUGCCUAUUCAUGUCCUUUGCCUGCUUUUCUAUUAUAUUUUGUUCUUUUGACUGAUAAAUCUCUUUAAAGAAGAAAAGGAAAAGUUUAUUGUGUUGAGAAGACCUUAUUUUCAUUAAUGGCUGGUAAAUUUUAACAUUAUGGAUAGUGACCUCUUUGCCCUAUUGUCAACAUUUUCCUACUCUUUUUUCUUUUGUUUUUCUAUGGCUUCUGCUGUAUAGAAGUUUUAUAUUUCUUAUAUAUUCAGCUGUAUUAGUCUUUAAAAACUGUUUUUGACCUUGAUAUCUGUCAAAUGUUAGAAUAGUUAUGUUUUUAUGUGGUAUGUGAAUUGUGAAAGGAUUCCUUUUCGAGAAUGUAUUUGAGCCCUUUUCAGGGUGUUGUGUUUGGAGGUUUACACAACGUAUUUACUAGCUGCUGUGUGUACUGCCCGACAGUAGGUAAAACCCACCCUCCUUCUCUAUUCUUUUAUUAUUAAAAAUGGUUUCCAUAUAUUGUUCUCUUAUUUUUAUGGAUGAAAUAUGUACAUGUUUAUUCCAAUUUGAACUUAUUUUACUGUAUGGUAUGUUCAAAAUCUAAUUUUUUAUGGUCAAUUGUCUCAACAUCACAUAUUGAAUCAUUCAUCCUUUCUCUGAUUUGAAAUGCCAUCUUUAUCACAUAACUUCCUAUAUAAUGUGUUUUUGUUGGGACUCUGUUUGGUUUCAUUUUUUUUCUGUUUUUAUUCAUAAGUUGGAAAUGUGUGAGAAAAUUUAUUGUCUGAGAUUUAAUGCUUUAUAAUUUUAUUUUGUAAAUAUUCCCAAGAACGUGUGGUUAGUAUAAUGACAAUACUCAUUAUGGUAUUUUCACAACAAGAAUGCCUUUCAGGUAUCACAGAAAGAACCCCAUUAGGUGUCACAAGUAUAUUUACAAUAUAUGGAACAAAACUAUGUAGACUUCUGACAUGAUUGUUAAUUCUCAAGGGCUGCUUGACUGCUUGGGAAUUCCCAUGGAUCACCUAAUAAACAUGUAUGUAUUGAGAAGCUAGUCUGUGCUCUGUACAAGCACAUGGUACACACGGUAGUCAGGAGGCAGGAAGAGUUCCUGCCCUCGUGGUUUCUAGUCUGGUGGGUAAUAGAUCACUGCAAUGAACAGUCAGUCGAGUUGGGUGUUAACAUGCAUUCCCAGGUCUAAAAUGAGCAUUACCACGAGUUUUUAAGACUCUACAAAAAAUAAACUUCUAAAUUGUGUCUCUACAUUGGAACUUAAUAUAAAAUGGUAUAAUCCAACCCUCCGUUCUGAAAGAAUUAACUACAUAGUCAACAUGGUCAGCAUUUGCCACCGUCGGGACAGUGGGGGACAAGUCUACCAAAAGCUAUUGUUUAAUGCAGAAACAACACGAAUCAACGUAAGAGUUUGAAAGUAGUCAUAUCAGCAGACGGCCAUGGCCAGAGACGGUUUAUAAAUGUGUUACUAAGAACUGGAAACAGUCAAGUGGCCCAGGGUCCACACAUUAUCUUUAGGAUGAAGAAUGUAACUAAAAAAACAGUCAAUUGUGUUCUACCUGAUCUAAGCAAUCAUGAGUUCCUAGAAGUCAGGGUGUAUAUGAAGCUCAGAAGUGGGGCGAGAGAGAGAAUGUUAAGCAGAGUGAGCUCACUCUAUGUCUGGAAAAGAGCCAGCUGGACAGGUGGGGCAGCAUGCUACAGCGAAGAACACGGGCUUUGCCGGCUACUUGCUGUAUUCCACUAGAAGAGGUGGGAUGCCUCUGGAGUUGUGGGUCGAAGUCAGGCUGACCUAGAAUUGAAUCCCAGCUCUGUUAUUUGGGCAACCUGGGCAAGUGAUAAUCCCUCUGGACUUCAACUUCCUCUCUGAAAAAGAAAAACAACAACAACAACAACAAAAAAAACGGUAACAUUCAAUCCUAUAUACCCUGAAACGUAGGUAAUGUGAAAACACCUGUUACAAUGCAUGGGAAGCGAUCAGUAAGUAUUCUGUCCCCUUCCUUUCUCUUGUGCAGUCACAAUUAGUCCUAGUGGGGUAAGGGGGAGUUCUACCUAACCCAGUUUAAGGAAUCACCUUGGCCUCUAAGCCACCUUCUGACCAGCCUUUGUAUGUGUGUACUUUACCAACCUGAUGUCCAGGCUCACUCAUCCUGCUAGAGAGAGCUAAGCUGAAAAACUGGCAACGUGGUGUAUCAGCAAAUAUACUAAAGUUGCUUAGCAUGACCUUUAGAAUAUGCCUAAUUUUGGGUGGAUACAAAAUUAGUCUCUAAAUUUGCAAAGUUGAAGACUACUUUCAGAUACUUCCUAUUUGUGAAUCUCAUUUCAACAAUUACAAAUUCAGAUAGUUUUGGGGUCAGGAAGAUAUUACAGACUGACAGUGUUAGCUACUAAGGAAUGGUGGAAACCUGCAGAACUGGAAAGGCACACGGCUUGCUGCAACAGUAUCUGUUGUUAUCUUCGUCCUUAGUACAGAACCAAGAUUUUGUGCAGGACAACAAUAUGCCUAGCUAAAAAUAAUUUUCUUGAAGCUAGAGAUACCGUGUGACAUAGUUCUUGCUAAUAAAAUAGAAAUAGAAGACUGCUUGUGAUUUCUGGAAAAUUUUGCUUUUUUGCCCUAGGCACUGACUAACCCUUAUGCCUGUCAAUAUCUCCUAUUUCCUUUAUGGAAUGUGGAUGUACUAGCUGGAGCUGCAGCAGCCAUUUCUAGACCAUGAAGUAAUAAAGGCCAGGAUAAUUAUAUAUCUGUUGAUAUUCUUGAACGGUGGAAUCAAUCCCAGCAACUGCCUAUUUCCAAACUUGUUUUCUUAAGGAAAGAAAUCUCUAAUUUGUGUA